AUGUCACUCGCGCGCCCGAUCCCGCUCUUAAUAUGCAGCGUCGGUAAUCCAGGCACGCACUAUGCCAACACACUCCACAGCGCUGGCCACACAGUCCUGAACAAGCUCGCUGCGCAUCUCGAAUACUCUCAGUUCUCCAAAGAGCGAACCUACGGCAAUGGACUCCUCAGCCGACCACCCAUCUCUGGCGGUCCAGGAGAUUGGACGUUGUGGCAGAGUACAUCGUACAUGAACGACUCCGGCAAGGGAACACGCGCAGCAUUUCUAGCAUGGCAGAAGACCAUCCCAUCCGACGUUCAGGGAAAGUUGGUAGUGGUGCACGAUGAGCUGGAGAAACCGCUGGGGGCUGUGAGUGUUAAGGAGCAGGGGAGUCCGAAGGGACAUAACGGGUUGAAGAGCAUUAUCGCGCAUAUGAAUAAUACACCUUUCGUGAGGAUUGGAGUAGGCAUUGGAAGGCCUGUCAGCAGAGAAAGUGAUGAUGUGGCGCGGUAUGUGCUCAAGAAGAUGACAUCGGAGGAGAGGAAUGUGAUUGAUGGCAGCGUGGAGGAGAUUGUGAGGAGGUUGGGGAAGAUUGAGAAGGGGUGA